UGUCCCCUCCUGCCCAAAAUUCCUCCUGAGCCUUUUUUUCUCCUCCUGAGCCCCUUCCCAGCUCCCUAAGAACAGAUUCUCUCUGUCAAACGCUCUUGGAACAGCUCUGGCUGGGAUCUUUGAGUCUGGGAUCUUUUUGGGGUGGCACCAGUGGCGGUGUGAAGUGAGGGACGUUCUGGAGACACCGUGAGCAGGGAAAGCUCAGGCUCAGGGAGAGCUGGGAUCCAUUCCAGGCUCUGGGAGGGGUGGAAAAGCGGCUGUGGAUGGGAUUUGCCAUCCCUUGACGUGCAGGUAAACAAGACCCGAGAGGUUUCAUCCAUCCUUCAGCUGCUCCGAGUUCAUUUUCCCUGCUCUCCCCUCCUCUCUCCCCGGGGUAACACAAACCUUGCAGGUUUAUCCCACACACAAUUGAUCCUGGAGCUGCUCUCCCCAAAUGCUAAUGGCACUGUUCUGUUCCUCCCUGCUGGCUGCAGGGCCACUGCCAGCCUGCUUUCAGGGUUGAAAUCGAAUUGCUGAGUAGCUUCCUCCUUAGAACUUCAGUGGUGCUAAAGAAAGUUGUGCUGGGGAAACAAUGGCAGAAUAAUCCAGCUUUUGAAAACACUCUGUGGGGUUUUUUUUUUUGGUUUUUUUCUUUUUAUCCUGUGGGAAGGGGGAGGGAAAAGAUUGAAAUCGAAGCAUUUAUAUAAUCAGCAUUUUAGAACCAUAACGCUUUUCGAAGGGAAUGGCAUUUUAGUUGAUGAUUUAUCUUCAGCGUGGCAACAAUAAAACGCUUUCCUCUGGCUGCUCAGCUGGUGCAGGAGCACACACGUGGCCAAGUGUCCUCUGGGCUGAGGGAUCAGGGCUGGGAUGUGCAGGGAUUUCAGCAGGAUGCUCUCAUCUGCUGCACGGACAAAUAAUUGGGAACAGCGUUCCUGGUCACUGGGUUACAGCAGGCUGAGCUCACAGGCAGAUAUUUCCUUCUUUAGGUCAUUUAGGAUUUCUUGGGUUUGUGCUGGAAGGCAGCAGGUUUUCUAGCCAGGUUUGGACAGGAAACUUGGAACUCCUGUCUUCUGACAGUGUUCCCAAGAUGUUCCUUUAUUCCUGUGUCCGUGCAGGGUCUGGGCAGCAUUUUUUGGGGCUGACUCGCACCUUGGAGUCGGUGCAGGCGGCUCUGGUGACACCACGGAUUUACCUUUCCCACGGAAAGGAGAAGGUGGAAAAAAACCAACCCAAAAUGUGCAGUUUUAAGGCGUUUUGUGUGACAAUUCAGGGACUUGCUGGGACUGCCUGGUGGCCGGGAGCGGUGACACUCCCCGUGUCACUCCUUGUCACCUGCUCUGCCUUUGCCUGACCCAAAACUUCUCUGCCCCCAACUCCUGGAGCACCACGGGCUGCAAACCUUUCCCCCCAACCACAAAACCCUCUGGAACGGGCUCUAAAUGGCCCAAAGGGCCGAAAAUGGCCCGAACCCCACAAACUCAACCCCAUCCCCAUCCUGCCCCCGGCGCUGGGAGCGCGGCCUCCCGGCCCCGGGCGUGGAAUGCGCUUCCUGUGGAAUUUUGGAGCCUCCCAAGGAGGUGAUCCCUGAGCUCAGCGUGGCCUGGGCGAGCGAUGUGCUCGCAGCUGUGCUGUAACUGAGCCUUUUCCCCCCCAUUUUUGUUUAAUUGCCUGUCAGCCCCCUGCUGCCGGCCUUGCUGGAGGGGCUGCGGCUCCCAUUUUUCCAGGCCUUGGGAAGGAGCCCUGGAGGAGAGGUUCUGCUGGAAGACCAAAGCUGUUCCUGAGAUGGGUUGCACCUGCAGUUUUUGAGCCGUUUCGUGGCUCCCUGUGAGGUAUCAGGCCCGAAAUUUGCUGCCAGGAAUCACCAUGGCCUCCUACCACGGGGUGUUCCUUCCUUAUGCUCCCAAAUCCUAAACCUGAAACCCUGCAGGGCGCAGCUCCCGUGGGAUCCGUUCUUGUCGGAGAUCACGGAUUCAUUGGUGUCCAGAACUGUUCACUGCCUGCUCUGGCAGCUCUGCCUCCUCCUGGAGCUUGGUCCUGUGGUCUGCUCUUAAUUCCUGCUGCCAGUGGGAUUGAAAAACUUCUCCAGUUGCUGAAUAUUCCUGCUCAGCGCGCUGUUUAUGCAAGCCUUAUGGCGAUGUUCACGGGAGGGAUGAGAGAAGCCAGCCAGGACGUGAUCGAGCUCAAAGGCGUUUCUGCCAAGGGCCUGAAGCACAUCAUCGACUUCGCCUACAGCGCCGAGGUGACGCUGGACCUCGACUGCAUCCAGGACGUGCUGGGAGCCGCCGUCUUCCUGCAGAUGGUGCCGGUGGUGGAGCUGUGCGAGGAGUUCCUGAAGUCGGCCAUGAGCGUGGAGACGUGCCUCAACAUCGGCCAGAUGGCCACCACCUUCAGCCUGGCCUCCCUCAAGGAAUCCGUGGACGCCUUCACCUUCAGGCACUUCCUGCAGAUCUCCGAGGAGGAGGAUUUCCUCCACCUGCCCCUGGAGCGCCUGGUGUUCUUCCUGCAGAGCAACAAGCUCAAGAGCUGCAGCGAGAUCGAGCUGUUCCGCGCCGCCGUGCGCUGGCUGCAGUUCGACCCCGCGCGCCGCGCCAGCGCCAGCCGCGUGCUCUGCCACAUCCGCUUCCCUCUGAUGAAAUCCUCGGAGCUGGUGGACAGCGUGCAGACCCUGGACAUCAUGGUGGAGGACGUGCUGUGCCGCCAGUACCUGCUGGAGGCCUUCAACUACCAGAUCCUGCCCUUCCGGCAGCACGAGAUGCAGUCCCCGCGCACGGCCAUCCGCUCCGACGUGCUGUCCCUCGUCACCUUCGGCGGCACGCCCUACACCGACAACGACCGCACCGUCAGCUCCAAGGUCUUCUGCCUGCCCGACGCCGGCGGCCGCCAGUUCCGCGAGCUGACCCAGAUGGAGGUGGGCAGCAGCCACUCCUGCGUGGCCGUGCUGGACAACUUCAUCUACCUGGUGGGAGGGCAGCAGCUGCAGUACCGCAGCGGGGAGGGCGCCGUGGACGUCUCCUACCGCUACGACCCGCACCUGAACCGGUGGCUGCGCAUCCAGGCCAUGCAGGAGAGCAGGAUCCAGUUCCAGCUCAACGUCCUGCGCGGCAUGGUUUACGCCACGGGCGGCCGCAACCGCUCGGGCAGCCUGGCCUCGGUGGAGAAGUAUUGCCCCAAGGACAACGAGUGGAGCUACGUGUGCUCCCUGAAGCGCAGGACGUGGGGCCACGCCGGGGCCACGGCGGGGGACAGGCUGUACAUCUCGGGGGGUUACGGCAUCUCGGUGGAGGACAAGAAAGCGCUGCACUGUUACGACCCCGCCGCCGAUCAGUGGGAGUUUAAGACCCCCAUGAACGAGCCCAGGGUGCUGCACGCCAUGGUCAGCGCCAACAGCAGGAUUUACGCCUUGGGAGGCCGCAUGGACCACGUGGAUCGGUGUUUCGACGUCCUGGCCGUGGAAUAUUACGUCCCCGAGACGGACCAGUGGACCACGGUGAGCCCGAUGCGCGCGGGGCAGUCGGAGGCCGGCUGCUGCCUGCUGGAAAAAAAGAUUUACAUCGUUGGGGGCUACAACUGGCACCUGAACAACGUCACCAGCAUCGUGCAGGUGUACAACACGGAGACGGACGAGUGGGAGAGGGAUUUGCACUUCCCAGAGUCUUUUGCUGGCAUCGCCUGUGCCCCCGUUAUCCUCCCGCAGGUGACGAGCCAGAGGUGACUCUGGGGGGCUCCUGGGGCACAAAACAGCUCCAAUUCCCUGCUCCAGAAAGUUUCUCCUGCUGCUGGGGAGUCCUGGUGAGGUGAUUCCACCAGGCAGACUGAGCAGAUGUUCCAGCUUUUCUCUCCUUUCUCUGGGUUUUUGGUUGUUUUAUUUUUUUCUGGGGGGUGCAUUUUGCCGAUUUCUCGUGUUUUUAACGGCCUCACUGCAAACAUUGGCAGCUCAGGAGUCACUCAGCACUGGGGUUUUGUUUCCAAGAGAUCAGGUGGGGGUUUUUUUAUCAAUAGCUCCAAAAUUAAAAAUCCUUGUGGGUCGCUUUGUUGGGUUUUUAGCAAACAAACAAACAAAAAAGCCAAAAAAAAAACCCCAAACCAAAAGCUGUGUAACACACUGACCUCCAGAAGCAAUAAAAGGACAGUGGGAGCUACAAGAGCUCAGGUGCUUGGGUUGGGAAAGCAGAUCCCUGUUUUUCAAAGGUGACUUUUCCUUUUCUUCCCUUCCUGAAAAAGGGAAUAUUUAUUCCCUGCACACCUCUGGUCUUCACUGCUUGGAUCAUGCUGUAAUUCCUCCUCCCCUCCAGCUCCUCUAGUGCAGAAAUUCUCCCUUAAUUGGGGUUUGCAGCACUAAAGCCAUGGUGAAAGCUUGAUUAUAUAUAAACAGGCGUGAUUAUUUGGGUUUAGAAGUGCCAAAAACUCGGCUGCCCUGGCAAUAAGAGCUCUGCAGUCAGCGAAGCCAAGAGCUCCUGCAGAUCCUGGGUCAGGAUUUUCACCUUUCCCAGCACCUUCAUCCCAACUCUUCCUCCGGUAAAGGAGGUGGGUGCUACUCCUUCAGCAGCUGGAAGAUUUUCUUCCCUGCCUUGUGAAUGAGCUCCUUGGCGUCCCAAAAUGAUGGGAGCCCCACUGGAAUGUGUUUUUUUUUUGUUGUUGUUGUUGUUGUUGUGGGGGUGUUUUAAAUGAAGAGAUCUCUUUAAGAUGGCUCUGUGGUUUUUUGUAAAAUUGCACAGAACACUUCCUGAACUUUCUCCUCCAAGCCAUUUUCCUUAUUUAAUUUGAGGAAUGAAUUGCAAAAAAUCUCUGCUUUUAUCAGGAAUUCCGUUUCCAAGGGCUUUGUUUUGUAUCUGUGUCAGCUUGAUUUGGAUGCACACGGCCUCCUUUUGUAGAGAAGCUGUUGCAUUCCGCUGCGAAAUAAAUCCUGGGCUGCAACCUUUAGUGACAA